CAUAAUCCAUAUUCAGCCAGAGAUUUACUCCUCGUCAGCAUAAUGGGGUCCAGCGAUAUAGCGCCUGAUCAUGUGCCCACUUGGGUGGUGCCGCUCUCGACCGUCGCGCUCGGGAUGGGAGUCCUCUUCUGGGAUGCAACGUACAUCCUCAUGACCAGGCGUAGUCUUCAGACCAAGUCCUACAGCAUGCCCCUGCUGGGCCUCGCCCUGAACGUCUCCUGGGAGAUCGUCUAUGCGCUCUACGUGUGCGAGGCGCCCCUCGAGACCGCAGGGUUCACAGUCUGGCUGCUUCUCGACAUCGGACUCAUCUACACCACCGUCAAACACGCGCCUGUGGAGUGGGCCAAGACCAGCCCCUGGGUGGGAGAGCACAUUGCGGUGCUCCUGACUGUCAUGACUGCGGUGGGCUGCGCAGGCCACUUUGCCUUUGUGUCCUGGUGGCUGAGCGAGCCUGGGAUCGGCCACGGCGACAAGACGGGGAAAUGGUACUUUGGCCGGGACAAGUUCGAUACGACCGAGCUGGCAUUCUGGUCGGCUGGGGUUGCACAGCUUGUGGACAGCAUCGGCUCGUUGGCGAUGCUGCUGGUGAGGGGCCACUCUGGGGGGACGAGUUACGCAAUCUGGCUUUGCAGAACACUCGGGACUGUAACUGGCUUAGGCUUGAGCAGUGUCAUCCUCUGUUAUUGGUGGCCAGAAGCACAUGGCUACUUGACAAAUCCGUUUGGUAUCUUCAUCCUGGCCACGGCUGUGAUUACCGACUUGAUUUACCCCUUUUGUCUCUGGCAUGUUCGGCAAACUGAGGUCGUCCUUCCCGAUGGACGCAUCGUGAGCCAGUAUGAUAGAUUGCAAGGACUGAAGCCAGCCGAGAAGGAACUGUAGAGGGCUUGAAGGCGGUGUGCCAGUAAUUGCAGUACCUCUGCAUUUAUUUCUCGACAUGGAGUCAAUGUGGACCAGUCGUCUGAUCACUAAAGGUUGUCCAUAUUACACUGUACGACCUUUCGAAACGACACAGUAGUUGCUGCACAUGACCUGUCGGAUGGACGGCUGCCAGUAGAGAGAUGAUUAGCUAUGAUCAUGGAUGGUAAUGACAGAAGCAAAGUGGAUGGGAAACGCCAGGCCCAAGUUGUUGGGGUUCAGAUUCAUUUAGAUGAUAUGAUUACGCGUUCAUUACGGUAACGAC